AUGUACGAAUACGGCAGUUGCCUGAGGCCAAGCAACGACACAUCAAUACCAUCUCCCCUUCAGCCGUCAUGCACUUCAUUUCCUCCAUCAUCUUGGCUGGCUCAUAUUCGUAAGCUCAGCCCGCCCGUUCUCACGCGGCCCGACUCCGGAUUGGGCCUUGGCAUCAGUUCCCGGGCGAGACCCUGGUCGCCCCCAACCAUCAUCCCUCCGGCACCUGAAUGCCAAUCCGGCAAGAAGUCGUACAUAUGGGCUUCUUUUGUACUGCAGCACCGGCCACGAGCAGCUGGCUACGUCUCGCCGCGCUUUGUGAUUGAUUUGCAUGCACACCAGCUGUCACCUUCCCUAUUCGCUUUGCAGCUCUUCUUCUCGCAGCUUUUGCCCGUCUAUAUAAAGACUUGGCUUUCUCUCGCUUUCUUCUGGAUCCUCUGCCAGAGCAGUCCCAGCGAAUUGUCCAUUGCUAGGUCAUUGCAACACCUGUUUCUUAUAAGCAUCAGUUCUCGAUCUGGCAUACCCGACUUGCGCAUCUUGCACAAUGACAAAGUUCGUGGUUCUAGCCGCACUGGCGCUGGCCGGUUUGGCCGCGUCUCAGUCGCCAACUCCGACUCCAACUCCCACCCCGACUCCCACCCCGACUCCCACGCCUACGCCUACGUCUACGCCGAAGGCAGUGUCCGAGCUUUAUCUGGCGCCUUUGUAGCUGAUGAUGCCAUGACCCUGGAAAAGUGCCUGGAUUUCUGCAAGAACUACAACUACUGGGGCACGGAAUACGGCCGCGAAUGCUAUUGCGGCAACUCUCUCGGCGCCGGCUCCGUUGCCGCGCCUCUCGACCAGUGCAACAUGGUAUGUGGCGGCAACCGGGCCGAGUUCUGCGGCGCUGGCAACCGCCUCGAGCUGUUCUCGACCACGGCCAGCAUCACCACGCCGACCGGUACGCUCGUGCACAAGCCUACCAUUGCACCCUACACUAUGGUUGGGUGCUGGGCCGAGGGCGCCUCCAACCGCGCCCUCAACAGUGGCGGCACUUCAUCCCCGAGCAUGACCAACGAGAAGUGCGCCGACUUCUGCAAGGCUUACCGCUACUUUGGCACCGAGUACGGCAGCGAGUGCCACUGUGGCAGCUACCUUUCCGGUGACUCCAAGGCGGCGCCGAUCGCCGAAUGCAACAUGGUCUGCUCCGGUGACCAGUUUGAGUACUGCGGUGCCAGCAACCGCCUCGAGCUGUACAUGAACCCCAGCAUUGCCGGCGGCGCCCCAGAGCAGCCCCCGGCCGCGGGCAACUUUGCACUUCUCGGCUGCCAGACCGAGGUAAGCGUUACACGUGCGCUAUCUGGCGCAUCCACGGCGGCAGACAACAUGACGAACGAGGUGUGCGCGGCGUUUUGCAAGGACUACGAGUACUUUGGCACCGAGUACGGCAGAGAGUGCUACUGUGGCAACACACUGGCAGCGGCAUCGACUGUUGCGCCCAAGGCCGAGUGCAAUAUGCUGUGUGGCGGCAACAAUAUUGAGUACUGCGGCAGCGCGAACCGCCUGUCCGUGUAUAAGAAGAAGCCGCCCGUGACGCCGCCGCCACCACCACCACCGGCUCGGCGCCACCGCGCCCGGGAGCUGAGGGGCUGA